AUGAGCACCAUCCAAAACAUAAAGAACUUCAUCCGUCACGGGAAACAAGCUCGACUGGUCAACCCCCACUCCGAGCCAACAACUGACGUAUCCCCCAUUCACGCCGAACAACAACCACACCCGCAAGGCCAAUUCACCCCCGCAUAUGAUUCCCUGGAUCCCAAUGGUCCUGCAGUUCCUCAGAAAGACUCCAAGUCUCAAACCAGGCAUGACCGCUCGGUGGAAAUUGAACGAAUGGUGAAAGAGGAGAACAUCGACCGAGCAAAGAUGCCAAAAUACCCGGGUUUGGAUCGUUGGAUCCUGAUCGAAAAGAUGGGAGAUGGCGCCUUCAGCAACGUCUACCGUGCCAAGGAUUCUACAGCAGAGCAUGGAGAGGUGGCCAUUAAGGUGGUCCGCAAAUUUGAAAUGAACAGCAAUCAGCGUGCGAAUAUCCUCAAGGAAGUCCAGAUCAUGCGCAACCUCGAUCACCCCAAUAUCACCAAAUUGAUCGAUUUCUCUGAAUCCCGACAAUAUUACUACAUCAUCUUGGAGCUUGCCCCCGGCGGCGAGCUCUUCCACCAGAUUGUGCGAUUGACCUACUUCAGCGAAGAUCUCAGCCGACACGUCAUUAAACAAGUCGCUGAAGCUAUCGAAUAUCUUCACGAGACAUCAGGAGUCGUUCACCGUGACAUCAAACCGGAGAAUUUGCUUUUCUAUCCCACGCCAUUUGUUCCCAGUAAAGGCCCGAAACACCAACAGCCCGGCGACGAAGAGAAGGAGGAUGAGGGAGAAUUUACCGCGGGAGUUGGCUCGGGUGGUAUUGGCAAGAUCAAGCUUGCCGAUUUUGGUCUGUCAAAGGUAAUUUGGGAUAGCCAGACCAUGACUCCCUGCGGAACGGUCGGUUACACUGCGCCGGAAAUUGUGAAGGAUGAACGGUACUCGAAGAGUGUAGACAUGUGGGCUAUGGGCUGUGUGCUCUACACUCUGCUCUGCGGUUUCCCUCCAUUCUACGAUGAGAGCAUCCAGGUGCUCACGGAGAAGGUCGCAAGAGGUCAAUAUACUUUCCUGUCGCCCUGGUGGGACGAUAUCUCCAAAUCCGCGCAGGAUCUCAUUUCACACUUGUUGACCGUCGACCCGGAGAAACGUUACACCAUCAAGGAAUUCCUCGCACACCCGUGGAUCCGCGAAACAGACGAGGUAACCACCGCUGCUGCCGACGCCCCUCCUCUGGCUACUCCCUUGGGUCCGGCUCGCCCGAAAGGCGACAACCUCGAGCUCAUUGGCGCCGAACAGGCUCCCUACCAGCCAGCCAGCUCCCGACUAUUGGAUGUCCCUUCCGCCACCGCAGAACGCCGCAUGGACUUCCGGUCCCCCGGUGCAUUCAACUUGCGUGAGGUCUUUGAUGUUGGAUACGCCGUUCACCGACAGGAAGAGGAAGGCAAGCGUCGCCGGAAUGUUGGCCGCAGCAACAACCCUACCGCUGGAUUCCAAUCUGCUCUGGGCGCCUUGAACGAAACAUAUGACGACUUGGAUGACCGUCCACAACCCGACACUUCUGGUCCGCCACCUGCCAAGGUUGUCAAGGCUAAUGGCCAACAACCUGGUGACAUGGCAGGGAUGGAGGCCAAGCUUCGCUCAACAAACCUGGGUACCCAAAGUAGUGCUGCUCAGGCCCGACAGGCCCACCGACAGCCUCGCCAGCAGCAAGCUCAGGGCUACGGUCAACAUGACGCAAAGGUCGCCGCGGCUGCCAAGAGCUCUAUUGGUCGUAGGGCUCAGCAGCCGUUCGAACUUACCCUGAAUGGUUCCACAUUGCUAGAGAAGCGUGGUCGGCGUAAUCAGCAGCCAGUCAUCUAA